AUGCAGUCGCUCGUGCGGAAGCUGGCGCUAGCGGCCUCAGCCCUCUUAGCUCUUACAUUGGUAUUCUACCUCGCAGUCGGGCCCACUGGCGAGGGAACGGGACACCACUUGCCAGAAUGGCGAUGGAGCGGCAACUUCUGGAAGGGAGGAAAGAUGCCCUAUGAUUUCCCAAGCGAUGUUGGCUACCCUGGACCCACCCAGAAGGGACCACCCUCACAGCUGGCACAGGAAGAUACUGUCAGUCAGAGCGGGGCAGUGAAGAAGCCAUGGAACCCUUUGCCCUUGGAGAUUGCCCUGCCUGACGCGCAGUCGCAGUACGGUAAUUUUGAGCCAUUCCUUCACAUGGGUCCCCUUACUCCCUAUGCAGCCUCGAGUGGGUUCGGAAUCGACGAUGGCAAAUAUGGGCGGAUGCCUGAUGGUUGUAUCAUCGAGCAGGUCCACUAUCUUAGCAGACAUGGCAGCCGCUACCCUACCUCGGGCUCGCCCGCCAAUCUCAUCCGCGAUCUACUCGGUCAAUCUCCCCGACCCGUCUUCUCUGGCCCGCUCUCCUUCCUCAACGCGUACCGAUACCGCCUUGGCAAGGAGCUACUUGUUCCCGUCGGCCGUCAGCAACUGUACGACGAGGGAGUCUCUGCGAUCAUCUCCUACGGCAACCUCAUCUACGAAGACAUUGCCACUUUCGGCACCCUCUUCGCUCGAGCUGGCUCUCAGCACCGCAUCGUCGAGAGCGCCAGAAAUUGGUUGGCAGGAGCCCUUGGCGUGGGAGGGACCUGGGAGAAUUCGUCGACUCUCGAGAUUCAAAUCGAAGCCGAUGGAUUUAAUACUACACUGGCUCCCAACUUUGCCUGUCCGAAUGCAGGCAAGGCGGGUUGGGAAGUCGGAAAUGCCUGGAAGGAGGAGUGGAUCAACGAUUAUGCAAAGGCUGCUGUCGAAAGGCUGCAGCCAUACGUCAAGGGUGUGACUCUAACGCCCAAGCUCAUCAACGCGUUACAGCAGGUGUGUAGCUACGACACGGUAGCCGGCUUCGAUUCGACCGCUCUCUGCUCUCUCUUCACCAAGGAGGAGUGGCUUGGGUACGAGUACGCGUGGGAUCUCGAGUUCUACGGAGGCUAUGGCUCAGGCUCAAGCGUGGGACCGGCGCAGGGUGUAGGCUGGCUAAAUGAGAUGCUUGCUCGACUUGAGGGCCAAGCCUGGGAUCCUCGUCUCCAGACCAGCGAGAAUUCGACGUUUGACGCCCACCCACGGACAUUCCCAGUGGACCGACGAUUCUACGUCGACUUUACUCACGAUAGCGUCAUCGCCAACGUCCUCGCAGCGCUCGAUCUGCCGGCGUUUGCAAGGGAGCUCCCCGUCCAUCGACCUGAUCCUCAAAGGAUGUAUCGGACCUCGCAGCUCGUACCAUUCGGAGCUCGCCUCAUUGUGGAGAAGCUGCAGUGCCAGGCUUCGAGCCGCUUUCCCGCUGUUACGUCCAACAACGUCACCGAAGGCCGAUUCAUCAGGAUGAAGCUCAACGACGCUCUUCUUCCGCUCGACUCACUGAGCGCCUGCGCGUCCGAGAAGCGUAAAGAUGGAGUCUGCUCCAUGGACGCGUUCCUCAAGAGCUACGAGGGCAGGAUGGAGAGGGUGAAGUGGGAGCGGUGCUUUGAGAAGUGA